UCCGUAUUUCGCAACAAAUAUCGGCAAAGAGCCAAGGUGUGUCACGCGAUGUCAUUCUAUCCGUGAGAGGCCAAUAGCAUGAGCUAUUUCAGUUGGAAUUUGAGUCUAUUUGAAUAAGUGUCAGUGAUAUAGUGGCAUUAUUUCUGUUUCAUUGACAGUUGCAGGGACGAAGCGAAUAUUUUAAUAUUUUCCUGAAAAAUAUAAAUUCUCCUUUUAUUAUUUUAAUAUUUUCUAUAACGAAAGUAUAUCGAUUAUUAUUACAUUAAAUUAUAGACGGUUAAUAGACCUUUAAUGUGAUGCGAUGUAAUAAAAUAAAUUAUUUUCGUAAUGAAUCAAAUUUAGGGAGAUAGGUAAACAAUUCGAUUUCAAGGCCGUGAGCUUCGUAAUGUUGGUAACAUUGAAUGCGCAUUUCUGAAGUCAUUUGUGAUAGUGAAGUCACUUCUGGUUUGUUCGUACCUUGCAAAAUUAAGGCGUAAAAUGUGAAAGGUGCAAUGGGAUUUUAGAAGGAAGCAGUGAAUUACUGGAAACAUUUGACAAUUUAAUUAACUGGUGAACGAGUACUUUGUGUGGGGUUGACAACUUCAUCUUUUAGAUAAUUAAAGGAAAUAUGGCUGGUCGUGUGAUGGAUUGGAUUUCGCGCAUCAAGAAUUGGAGCUUCUCAAGAAAGGGACAACAUCAAAGUUCGGAUAAUGGAGACGUUUCUAAUGAGGAUAAUUUGGUCAGAGCUUUAGGUCACUUCGAACCAUAUGUCAUGAAGGCUCAGAGCAUUUUAGUCUGGGAAAAUCCAUUUAUUAGUGUUUGCAGUGUAAUUCUUGUUAACAUUCUAUUUGGAUUGGCAAUCAGUUUUGAGAUCAGAUUUUAUGGUCUCAUAUUUACAAUGCUGUUGUGUUUAUUUAUCAUCGACUUAUGUAUUGAAAAAGUUUGGCCAGAAAUAACAUCAAGACCAUGUAGCACUACAGAAGAUCAUCAAGCUGGACAUUCUCGUGUGCUGACUGUACCAGAAAUCAGCCGUUAUGUGAGCCAAGCAAGAGAAGUUCUAAAGGACUAUUAUGUUUGGUUGAAAAAUCUGAGAGAUGACCAGCCAGGAAUGUUUUGUUGUGCCAUGUGCUUACUUUUCGCCCUUUUAACAUUCAUCGGGCGCACUGUGCCUGGUGCAGUUAUUGGGUACUCCCUCCUAAUGCUGGUGAUGACAGGACCUGGAAUUUGCAUUCAUGUACUCCCUCCUACUUUCAAGCAACGUGUUAGUAACUUCCAAGCAGCACUGCGUUCGAAAGAAAAAGGACCCCUUGGCGAUUUGUGGAAACGCUGUUUGUGUAUCAUUCAGUGUUUCCUUGCAGGAGAAAUGGACAGUGAAGUUGAAGAGUAUUUGCCUGAGCAGAGUUGCGAGACUCUCGCUCUCUUGCAGCAAGCUACAGAACCUGUAGAUGAAGAACAAAGAGAAGAGUCCCUUAUUGUUGAAGAAUUUGGGUUAGAUUUGGAUACAGCUGAUGCAAGCAUCCUGGGCCAUGAUGAUGGUAGUACUGAUGGCUUGGAUAUGAGUGAAUUUGAUUUGUCAGCUCCUCCAUCUUUGGGAGGGAGCACUACCAAUAGCCACACAAACAACAGCAACCAUCACCUGCCAGCUCAGACUGCUAUUCCUAGAGGGGGGCUGAGAAGAAGGCAUGAUUUAACUGUUGACGAUUCCGACUCGGAUGAUGAAGUGGGUGAUGGCAUUCACUUCCAAAGUCACCAUUUUAACCAGGACUCGUCUGAAGAAGAAGAGCAGGCAUUUGUUCAAGGGUUGGUCUUCUCUGAACCUGUGAGUUCUACAGCAUCGGGAACCACUACAAAUUCCACCCAGGCAGCUCCCUCUACUUCAUUAGGGGAAAUGUUGACUUCGUCUGCUGUCAACAUUGUCUCAAAGAAUAUUUGUAAUUUGGCUGCAUUGCAUUCAAGUGUGAUCUCAUCCGUAAUCAAUGCAGCAGUAGUGAAAGUAUCUGCUCAGCAGAUGCCGCAGCAAGAGCAGGUUGCCAAGGGCCAAAAAGGGACCCGAGGCACCAACAGGGAUGAUUCUUCUUCCUCUGGUGGUGAGAGCGAGUUCGAGAUGAUCUCUCAUAAUGAUCUAACAUAAUGAACUUGGGUACUAAAGAGUCAAAAUUGUAUUAUUAAUUUUGAAAGUAGAUUUUUGCAGAUAUCAACUGGCCUGUUUAAAAUAAUUAUUUGCCAUUACUCUUCAUUCUCUAUUUGAAUUAGAAUUUUAAACAAUUUGACUUCAGGUAAAUUUUCUUAUGGGGGUGGAAGGAGACUUGAUUUUAAUCUUCAUUUCUGAGUCAUGAUAUUAUUUUUAUUUCAGAUGAUUGUGAACCAAUGCAAACUUAGAAAAAAAUAGUUUUGAUAGAAACAGGCACUUACAGUUAAUAAAUGAAAGUUUUUUAACAACUCUUGGAUAGCCAAGUAAAAGUCAACAUAGCUUGCAUACUGUGAUUUGUGAUUGGAGCAUGGAGCCUUCCUCUGCAGUUGGGAAGGCUUUUGUGUUCCAAUCACACAAGCUAUUCUUAAAAAUUUUUUUGUUGAAACCAAGUGAACUUUUUUUAACUGUAGUGCCUUUUUUUUAGAUUGUCAUGCUUUGUCACAAUUAUUUGCAAUUUUAUGCAGGAAACCAACUUAUAUAUACUUUUAACAUUGUUUACGUGGGAAUGUUUAUUCAUUAUUUCUUUUUUUGUGCUUUUUUAUUUAUUGUGGCCAGAGAAGUGAAUUGAAGGUGUAAAUAUAUUUUCAUGAAUUUCUAAUAAUUUAUAAAUGUAAAGAAAAUACUGCUCUUGAUACCGUGUAAUGCCUUACAUUUGACUAUUUUGUAGUAUGUAAAAAUUAAUUAAUUUUAAUAGACAUUUACAGCACGUAUGAAAAACAUACUAGCAGGAUUGUCUUCUUGCAGGUUUUGGGCUUUUACCCAGUGUUGUAAUUGCAUUAAUGGAAAUCAAAAUUGAAUGUUUUUCAAAGAUACAGGAUUUAAUUAGAAUAUUAUAUAUAAAAGAGCAGCAAAAACCAGAAAUGGGAUAUAUCUUGAGAAGAAUAACCUAUCUCAUCCUGCUGUUAAUGAGGUCAUAAAUUAUUGAUUUGUUGGUAAAUAAAAAGAAUUGUCUAAAUGGAUAUAAAUGCUCUUCUAGAUGCUCUUUACCCAUAUAGUUAAAAUAAAUUUGCACUUUUUCUUUAGAAGUAACACCACUUCCACAUUUCUAAUAUUUGAUCCCUUCUAAUGAUAGGCAUGACAUUUUUACUCCAAACAUGCAAACAUAGAAAAUAGAAACUGUUGUUUCUUUUUACCCAGGUACUGAAAAGGAUAAUAUAUCAAAAUGCUCAUUAGAAUGGUGGGGUGACUUUCUGAUUCAUACCUGUUAAUGUGAAUGUAGGAGGCAUGUCUAGUAAUGUGCUAAAAUGAAAUUAAUGGUAGUUUUUUGGAGAAAAAAAAUUAAUAGCCAAUUACAAUAUAAUACAAUACAAUACACUUCGUGGAAGUAAUGCCUAUAAUUUUUCCAGGUCUGAUUUGGAAUUUGUAUUUUGAGUGUCUGAAAGUUAGAUGGUUUCAGCAAAUGUUUAAUUUUGUUAUGCAAAGUAGCACUCGUAAAUUAAAAUUUAAGAGUUACUGUUGAAUCUCGUAGAUUCUUUAAAAUGGAAAACGAAAUUCAGAUACAAUGUUAAUUAACAAGAAAUAUAAUAUUUAGGUCAUGUACUAUUUCAUUAUUAUUAUGAUGUAGUCUGGUUUGCUCAUUGUUACAUUUAUCCAUUAAUUUAUUGAAGAUUUGAGAUUUUCCUUUUUAAAUGUCCAUUGGUGUUCAUUAAAAUACAGAGAAGUCAUGAAAUUUUUUCUGCGAUUUGAUAUACUAUUCUUCAUUUCUAGCGUCAUUUUACUAAUGUGGACAAUCAUUGAAUUUGUUAUCAGAGUGCAAUGAAAGAAGAAAUUGAAGUCAAAAGACUAAAGUGUCAAGUAUGGAAAGCUAUGUAAAUACUUCAAACUAUUAUUUAAUUAAAGAAUAAAGAAGGAAAAGUAUUGAAAUUUUAAACAAACUUUGUUGUAUAUCAUUUCAAUUGGUUACUCGGACCCCUAGUUUCACCAGCUUCACUAGAAAGAGAAACUGCUUUGUUCUUGCUUGAGCAGUGAGCAAAUUUUUACCACUAGUCCUUUUGUAGUAGAAAUGAAUAUCUGAAAUCUAAAACCACUUUUGAAAAAAAUAUAGAUUCUUGUAUUAUCUUUUAGAAUCCACCACACAUGCUUGAAAUUGUUGCAAAUAGAGUAGUUUCUAAGGAUAAAUGCAAUUCGAAAUUUACUUUAAUAUAAUUAUACAAAGAUACUUCUUGACAUGAAUCAUUGAGGAAAAUAUGGUGCUGCUGUCUUUCUUUUGAUCCUUGAAUAUCUUAAUAUGUUAAUACUUGUAAAAAUGUUAAUACUUUUGAGGCUUGACAAUCAUCACAGUAUUGCAUACAGUGAUAUUUUCAUAUUUUAAUUAUGUUUUGAAAGAAUAUGAAUUUUCACAAAUUUAGAAUAAUAAUUAUGAAGGAAUUAUAAAACAUUUCCACUGAUUAAUCCAGCAUUGUCAUAUAUUUAUCCCUUUUCUAAAAUAGUUUUCAUUGUUUAAGAAUAACUGUGAUGGUCAGUGAAAAAGUUUCAUUAUUACUAUCAUGUUAAAGUGUUUUGUGCAGUAGAAAGUUUGUAAUUCAUUUGGAAUGUUACGUAAUUGAACAUUGAGUAAUGUUAAUGUUCUGGGAACAAAUUAAGAAAGAUAGAAGUUGGUUGAUUGUAAAGUAAUUAAUGGUUUUGUAUUUUAAAGCAGGAACUACCUGUUGCUGUUACCAUCAAAAUUUCAGUCAUUUGAAAAAAAAGUGUGAUUGUUUUGUAUUGUACUUUUAAGAAUAAGUUUCUAAAGAAGCUCCUUUUUAUUAAUAUGAUAUCAUUAAUAUUAAUUCAUUUUAUUUAUUUAACAUUACUAUGAUUAUGAAAGGUACUUAUUUUUAUUGUACUGAGAAAUGAUGUGGUCGGUGAAAAUUAUUAUACCAAGUCCUCUGAGAAAGUGAAUUUAAAGUUUGCAUUCAGGUUAUUUGUAGUUACUUAGUUAAUGCUGCUCUUAACAUCCAUGUCCUUCAUCCAUGUACCUGGAGCUACAUAGAUUUUAGUUCGUACCUGUGAGAUUUUUAAUGAUAGUUUAAUAAUUAUAUUAGAAAGAUAAUAAAGUGUUGGAAUCUUGUUUUCAAGAGCAGUUCAUUUUUACUUAGAUUUUUAUAUAGAUAACAAUGAUAUCCUUCCUCAAAAUUUCAAGUGUAUAUUUUUACUGCAAAGUUAAAAUGGGGAAAGCAUGAUUAAAACACCGAAAUCAUAUUAAUACUUCUACUUUUCAUAGGUGCUAUAUUUUUGUCGUAUGUGAAUACAUCAUUUACAUAUUUUCUGUGUUGAAGGUGUAUAGAGAAGUUCAAAAUUAAUUUUAUUUACUAUUUGAACUUCUAAAUGAUGCGAAUGAUAUAUGAACAUUUAAUUACAAGUGUAUUGAGAAGUUAUUGGGUUUGAAAAUAUUUUACCAAGAAAUGUAUCAUUGAUUUUCUGAGCAGCAGAAGAUAAAAUUUGUUUUAAUCAUUUGCCAACAUUAUAAACCAAAUUUUGAAGUUGUACCAUGUUUUGUAAGCAUUUUGCAUUAGUGUUCAGUUGACAAUUCAUUGUAAUUAUGAUCUCUUAUCCCUGUAAGUGAGAAAUUAUUCAUGUAAAAUUUAUUUUUUACUUAUAUAUAAUAACCAUUUUAACAAAAUUUUCCCCUGUGUGCACUGCAAAAGUAUAAUAGGUCUGCAUGUCAAGGUAUUUUUUUUUUCCUUUGAAAAUUGUUACUAUUGACACGUUUAUUGUAUUUUGCUUCAAUGAAAAAGUUAAUUUGACCCUUUGACUUCACUGAUGACUCGUAUUUGCAAUUUUCAGUGAAUCAAGCAUGAUUUUUGGAGCUCUGCGCUGUAUGAACCCAGUUCACCUUCAUUGUAAUUAAAUUUAUUCAUUUUAUAAUUUCUUUCAUCUGAAUUUAAAAAAUUAUGUAUUUUAAUGAAAGUAGCAAAAAUAUUAUUUUCAAGGUGCUCAGGAAGUUAUGAAAAUAUAUUUCUAAGUUUUAUUUUUUUGAAGCAUUUGUCUACAUUUAACUGUUUAUAAGAUACUGUAAAUGAUAUAUUCUACCAAAAAAUUGUUUUUAUUAUUUUUUUUCUACCUUUUUGUAUGGAUUAUACCCUUUGUGCUUUUAAUGAUUAAAAUUAUCAUUGUUAAAAUAUUUGCAGGAGAUGGCAUUAUUUUAUUAUGAAAAUGAUAUUGUACCAAAUUGUAUAUAUCUUACAUGUAUAAAGUUCCAUUUUCUAGUGUUUGUUCCUUGAAGUUUCUGUGAAAAGUCUGUAAAUGAAAAAAAACAACUAUUAUAUACAAUAUGUAUUUAGAUUUUUUUAGGAGAAUAAAUUAUGUUAAUAUUCGUAAUACUAUUUUAUAAUAUUAAAUGAAAUGAAAAUCUACAUUUUC